CCCCUUCCCCACCGGGCCCAGCUUAGGGGAGCUGGCAUCAAACAGAAGUUAAAAAUAAAUAAACAUCUGGAAACAAUAGUGUACGCGGGCAUCUCCCCACCUCGCUGCUGUUAGCGAGGUGGACCCUGGGCCAUUUUCCAAGCUGGGAGUGCGUCACCCCGGCUGUUUGAGGAUUCCGUUCCUCACGACCCAUCCGUUACACAGGUGACCAGAAAUGUGCCACCAGGCCUUGAUGAAUAUAACCCUUUCUCAGAUUCUAGAACGCCUCCACCAGGCAGUGUGAAAAUGCCUAAUGUACCCAACACCCAGCCAGCAAUAAUGAAGCCAACAGAGGAACAUCCAGCUUACACACAGAUCACAAAGGAACAUGCCUUGGCUCAAGCUGAACUUCUCAAGCGUCAAGAAGAGCUAGAGAGAAAGGCUGCAGAGUUAGACCGCCGGGAACGGGAGAUGCAGAACCUGAGUCAGCAUGGGAGAAAAAAUAAUUGGCCGCCUCUUCCUAGCAAUUUUCCUGUGGGACCUUGUUUCUAUCAAGAUUUUUCUGUAGACAUUCCUGUAGAAUUCCAAAAGACAGUAAAGCUUAUGUACUACUUAUGGAUGUUCCACGCGGUAACGCUGUUCCUAAACAUCUUCGGAUGCCUGGCUUGGUUCUGUGUCGAUUCUUCAAGAGCAGUUGACUUUGGACUGAGCAUCCUGUGGUUCUUGCUUUUUACCCCCUGUUCAUUUGUCUGUUGGUACAGACCGCUGUAUGGAGCUUUCAGGAGUGACAGUUCCUUCAGGUUCUUUGUGUUCUUCUUCGUGUACAUUUGUCAGUUUGCUGUACAUGUGCUCCAGGCUGCAGGAUUUCAUAACUGGGGAAACUGUGGUUGGAUCUCAUCCCUUACUGGUCUCAAUAAGAACAUUCCAGUUGGAAUCAUGAUGAUAAUCAUUGCAGCGCUCUUCACAGCAUCCGCAGUGAUCUCACUCGUCAUGUUUAAAAAAGUCCAUGGACUGUAUCGCACAACAGGUGCUAGCUUUGAGAAGGCCCAGCAAGAGUUUGCAACGGGAGUGAUGUCCAACAAGACUGUCCAGACUGCGGCUGCAAAUGCAGCUUCAACUGCAGCAACCAGUGCGGCGCAGAAUGCCUUCAAGGGUAACCAGAUGUAGAGAGCCGCACAGCAGCGCACUGUUACCUUUUGACUGUAUUUUUUCCUCCGGUUACUGUAUUCUACAGAUAUUUUUAUGUUGGAAACACACAGUACACACAGCAUGGGUAUUUCCUAUUCACAUGUGCAUGGUCUAAAACCAGAGAAACUUCCUCGUCUUAUUACUUUGCCUAAUAGUUUCUUAAUAUUUCCACACCCCUCACAGAAGAAAACUAUUAUCUGCUAAAUAAAUAUUCUCCAUAUUUUUGGGGGAUGGUGUUCCUCA